AUGUCCUACGGCGGUGGUGGUGGCGGCGGCUACUCUCGCGGCGGUGGUGGUGGUGAUUCCUACCGCUCCCGCGGCGGUGGUGGUGGCUACGAAAACGGCGGCGGCUACGGCGGCGGUGGUGGUGGUGGUGGUUACGGCGGCGGUGGUGGUGGCUACGGCGGUGGCCGCGGUGGUGGUGGUCGAGGAGGAUUUGACGGCGGUGCCGGUGGUGACCGCAUGUCCAACCUCGGUGCCGGUCUGAAGAAGCAGGACUGGGACCUGAACUCCAUGCCCAAGUUUGAGAAGUCUUUCUACAAGGAGGACCCUAACGUUACUGCCCGCUCUGAUGCCGAAGUUACUGAGUACCGCAAGAAGCACGACAUGGCCGUCCAGGGCCGCAAUGUCCCUCGCCCCGUCGAGACCUUCGACGAGGCUGGUUUCCCCCAGUAUGUUCUCUCUGAGGUCAAGGCUCAGGGUUUCGAGCGUCCCACUGCCAUUCAGUCUCAGGGUUGGCCCAUGGCUCUCUCUGGUCGCGAUGCCGUCGGUAUUGCUGAGACUGGUUCCGGAAAGACUCUUACCUACUGUCUCCCUGCCAUUGUUCAUAUCAACGCCCAGCCUCUUCUGGCCCCUGGUGAUGGUCCUAUUGUUCUGGUUCUGGCUCCCACUCGUGAGUUGGCUGUUCAGAUUCAGGCCGAGAUCACCAAGUUCGGAAAGUCUUCCCGCAUUCGCAACACCUGUGUCUACGGUGGUGUCCCCAAGGGUCCUCAGAUCCGUGAUCUGUCUCGCGGUGUUGAGGUCUGCAUUGCUACUCCCGGUCGUCUGAUUGAUAUGCUCGAGGCUGGCCGCACUAACCUGCGCCGUAUCACCUACCUCGUUCUCGACGAGGCUGAUCGCAUGCUGGACAUGGGUUUCGAGCCUCAAAUUCGCAAGAUCAUUGGCCAGAUUCGCCCUGAUCGUCAGACUUGCAUGUGGUCCGCUACUUGGCCCAAGGAGGUCCGCCAGCUGGCUUCCGACUUCCUCAACGAUUACAUUCAGGUCAACAUCGGUUCUACCGACCUGUCUGCUAACCACCGUAUUACCCAAAUUGUUGAGGUCAUGUCCGACUUUGAGAAGCGUGACCGUAUGAUCAAGCACAUGGAGAAGAUCAUGGAGGACCGCUCCAACAAGAUUAUUAUUUUUACUGGUACCAAGCGUGUCGCUGACGAGAUCACUCGAUUCCUUCGCCAGGACGGCUGGCCCGCGCUUUCCAUUCACGGUGACAAGGCCCAGAACGAGCGUGACUGGGUUCUCAACGAGUUCAAGCAGGGCAAGAGCCCCAUCAUGGUGGCCACUGAUGUGGCUUCCCGUGGUAUCGAUGUCCGCGACAUUACCCACGUGCUGAACUACGAUUACCCCAACAACUCGGAGGACUAUGUUCACCGUAUUGGUCGUACUGCUCGUGCCGGUGCCAAGGGUACCGCCAUUACCUUCUUUACCACUGACAACUCUAAGCAGGCUCGGGACUUGGUCACUAUCCUCACUGAGGCUAAGCAGCAGAUCGAUCCCCGUCUCGCCGAGAUGGUUCGCUACAGCGGUGGCGGCGGUGGUGGCCGCUGGGGUGGCGGCCGCGGUCGUGGCGGCUGGGGUGGCCGUGGCCGUGGUGGUGGUGGUGGCGGCGGUGGCUUCACUGCUUCCAACGCUGCUCCUCUUGGCGGCAGCCGUCGCUGGUAA